GCCUGUUUCAGUGAGAGGGUUGUUUUGGUUUGCCACUUGUUCUUGCGACCAUCCAUCCAUUGUGUGGUGUUUGUGCGCUCCGUCCAUCCCCUGUCGCCACAUCGAUCCACCGCCGCCAUGCUGAGCCGUGCUUUGCUCCGCGCUGCCGCGCCUGGCGUUCGUCGCCUCUCCUCUGCCACGACGCUUCGCUCUGGCAUGAGCUUUGAGCUCACCUCCGAGCAGCAAGAGUUUGUGGACCUCGCCCGCAAGUUUGCCCGUGAAGACGUGAUGCCUGUCGCUGCCGAGCUUGAUCGCACUGGCGAGUACCCCUGGGACUUGGUCCACAAGGCGCACGGCCUCGGUCUCAUGAACCUCCACAUCCCUGAGGAGUACGGUGGGCUUGGCUUGCACUCGCUGGACGGGUGCAUCAUCACGGAGGAGAUUGCGUUCGCGUGCUCCGGGGUGCAGACGGCGCUGGAGGCCAACAGCCUCGCCGAGAUGCCCGUCAUCCUCGCCGCAAACGACGAGCAGAAGAAGAAGUACCUUGGACGCAUGACCGAGGAGCCCCUCGUCGCAUCGUAUGGCGUGACGGAGCCCAUUGCCGGAUCAGACGUCGCCGGCAUCAAGACCGUCGCAGAGAAGAAGGGCAACGACUAUGUGCUCAACGGCCAGAAGAUGUGGAUCACCAACGCCGGCCACGCCAACUGGUUCUUCGUGCUCGCCAAGACGGACCCGAGUGCGCCCGCCAGCAAGGCCUUCACGGGCUUCAUCGUGGACGGCGACUCGGCAGGCCUCACACGCGGCAGGAAGGAGAUGAACAUGGGCCAGCGCUGCAGCGAUACGCGCGGCGUCACCUUUGAGGACGUCGUUGUGCCCGCAGCGAACGUGCUUGGCAAGGAGGGCGACGGCUUCAAGAUUGCCAUGGGCGCUUUCGACCGCACCCGCCCCCCGGUUGCUGCUGGUGCUGUUGGCCUUGCCCAGCGCGCCCUCCACGAGGCGACAACAUAUGCACAGGAGCGCAAGGCCUUUGGCCGCCCAAUCGCACAGCACCAAGCUGUUGCGUUUAUGCUCGCGGACAUGGCCAUUGGCGUUGAGACGGCGCGUCUGAUCACCCGCCGCGCCGCGUGGGAGGUUGACCAGGGCCGCCGCAACACCUACUACGCCUCCAUUGCAAAGGCAUACGCCGCUGACGUCGCCAACAAAUGCGCCACAGACGCCGUGGAAGUGUUUGGCUGCGACGUCUUCAACAGCAGACAGGAGACAUACAAGACUGUCGUGUGCUAUUUAAAGGGCGUGACCCUGGUUUUAGAUCAAGUUUAG